UUCAAAGCGCAAAAGAGCAAACAACCGCAACAAGCGAUUUCAAACAUUUGAAAGCGAAACUCGAAGCGAAUUCCUGCACAAGAUUACUAUUCACAACAAAUUUAACAACAAAAGUGCAUUUAGUACUCACGUGGCAGUUGAAGGUGAACCACAGUCAAAAGUGAAAAUGUCGAUUGUACCGAUUUUCUUCCGCAACUGGUGGGAUAACGACUGGGAUCGUCCGGUGUGGAGUUCUCGUCUGUUGGACCAGAAUUUCGGCAGUGGUGUGUCGGCAGAUGACCUUCUCAGCGCCAUGGUAUCCGUUGCCGAUGCACAAAAUCGAGGACAUCACCACGUGGGCCACUAUAAGCGCCCAUGGCACAGAUCCUGUGUCGCCAAGCGUGAUAACGGCUCAACGGUGAACGCCACCAGCGACAAGUUCCAGAUAAACUUGGACGUGCAGCAAUUCUCACCGGAGGAGAUCUCGGUGAAGUACGUUGACAAAUGCAUCGUUGUGGAGGGCAAACACGAAGAGAAGGAGGAUGAGCAUGGUUUCAUCACGAGGAGCUUUGUACGGCGCUAUAUGCUUCCGAAUGGUCACAGCGAGAACGAUAUCGUGUCAUCGCUUUCGUCGGACGGAAUCCUUACCAUCACGUGUCCAAAGAAGGAGCUCGAACAGAAGAAGGAGCGUGCCAUUCCGAUCACACACACCGGACAACCGAUGAAAAAGCUGCCAGAAAAAGAAACGAAUAACAAAAAGGAGGAAGUAGCUGAAACGAAGAAGUCAUAAUUGAUCUAUUGUUUAAGUACAAUAUCAUUAAAACCGACAACAUUCAUUUACAUUGAAACAUUUAAUUUAACUUGAUAAAUAAAAGACUAAAUAUUUGUUAGACCUCUAA